AUGGACGCUUUAUUAGAGCUUUCUCGGCGAACCUUGGCGGGGGUUCAAUCACGAGGGCAGAGUUGGCUGGAAUUGUGCAUGGGUUGA